GUCGCCGCUGUCGCCGGGCGGGAGGAGGUUCCUGGCGGCGAGACGCGGCGGCGGGACGAGCGGAGGGUAAAGCGCGGCCUGCUCCUCUCCCACACCCCUUCCCCUCCGGCUUUACCGUUGGGAUCGUUUUUUUGACCUCAGUCCCUCUGGGGGGUGUUGGGGCGGGCGGGGGGAUGGGCUUUGCGCAGGGCCCGGCGCGGCUUUGUCGUUUUUUAUUGUUACCAUCGUUAUCUUGGAAGUAUUUUUUGUCUUUAUUUUGUUUCGGCUUUUUUCGCGUUUAUUUGUUUUAGUUUUUGCCUCUUGCUCUACCGCUCGUGCUGCUGGAGGCUUAAAUUCAGCGUUUUGUGUGGACUCAGCCUUGAUCCCAAGUGUGCUGGGUGCAGGCUGGGCUCUCCCCCUCAUACAUAGCUGGUUCAGCUCCUGCUCUGACUGAAGGAAAGUUCACAGAGCCCCCAUUGAGUGGUGGUUCGGUGCUCUGGGAGCCCCAGUUUGAUGGUGGUUCACUGCUCUGAGAGCCCCAGUUUGGUGCUGUUUCAUUGCAUAGAGAACCCCAACUCACCGCUGUGUUGUUGCCCCUCUGCAGUUCAGCAGUCCUCGCUGCUGUAAAAUAAUGCUUGUUUAACCUGACGUGUCUUUUUUUUUUUUUUAACCUCUUAACCUUUAAUUCUAUCGCUGUGUUCCACUUCCCAAGGUAACAAAUGAGAUCAUAAUCCGUUCUAUAGGUAAACAGUUGCGCCUGCAUACAAAGGGGAACUGCCCUUUGGGAGUGCUGCUCUGUUUACAGUCACUCCUGCAAAACCAUUGAUCACGGAUGCUUCCACGUGCUCUUGUGUUGUGGGGAGCUAAGGGUGCAGGUUUGAACUCCGUUCCUCUAAAGUUCCUGUUAGAAGAAAAUGCAGCUAAAUCCAGCCAGUGCUCCAGAGAAAACGUUUGAAGCUGAGUUUUAGUGCAAAUAUAAUGCCAGAUGUCAUUGAUUCAUGGAUUUUAGUAAGAUGUGGAGCAUGAACAAGAUGGUUCUGGACGUUGUGUUAAUCUCUGCUCUGAUAGGCAGACGGUGUUUCUUGUGUGAUCCAUGAUGGAUCAUUAUUUUCAAAGCUUUAAAUGUAACGUAGAUAAAUGUUGGUGAAAACAAGGGCACAAAUGGAAGCGUAUUUACUCUUUCUUGGAGCUGUUACUGUAUAUGUGCUGAAGUUUGCAGUGCCUCUCACAUUUGAUCUAUUCUGUUAUCGGAGCUUGCAGAAUCAAAACUUUCUGUAAAUCAAGGUUUGAUAAAGGAAUGUUGAUAAGGUGUUUAAGCUCAGAAAGCCCCUCUUACUAUUUUAUGCUUUGGGCUAAUACAGUUGUGUCAAAUACUAUGUAAUACUGUACAGCUAGCUACUUCAGCUGCUCAGUUACAUAACCCUGCAAGGUUACAUGUUAGCCAAUAAAAUGUAAUAUAAAUGUCUCAAAGUAUAGUAGUUAUUUCUUCCUCAGACUCUGCUGCUGUUUUAUAUGGAAUCAGUGUUGGUGAGCAGUCUGGGGUUAUAGUGCCUGAAAUUUGGUGGGUUUUGUGUGUGUGUGUGUUGGUGAGAAAUCUGUUUGUGGUGCCUGAAAUAUGUUUUUCUUUGUUGUACAGCCUGAGCUGAGGUCUCACAUCUGCCUUGCAGGCAUUUCCACUUUUUUUAACCCAUUAUGUUUAAUGGUCACUUACAGCAGUGCACAUGCUGUGGCCUAUGACGCUUUGCUGAUCUUACCACUGUCAUCUUCUAUUAUAUUACAUAAAAAUGCCUACUAGAAAUUGGUGAGAUCCAACCAUUUUACAUGGGUUUUCUCCAGGCCAUCAGCCCAUAGUGGUGUAACUACUGACCACAUGGGGCUGGGUGUGUUUGUGGGUGUUGCUGCUCAUUCCUAUUGUUUGUAACCCAGCUCAUCUGUUCACACAGGCUGUGCAGUGAGGUCAGUAUGAAGGGGGACUUCUCAACCAUGGGACACAGAGGCAGUGUUUAGAAGUUAUGCACAAAACUCAUCUUUGAUGGCUUACUGCUACCAUGCAGUUCACUUAGUCUGAGGAUUUAGUGCUGCUUUUGAGAGAAGCUUUAUCAGCGCAAAUUUAUGACAGAGAUAAAGCACUGCCUGCAACGUUGGGUAUUUCUUACAGUUUUUCUAACUUUCUGUUUCACUUUAAAACUUACUUGAAUUGUGAUUUCCCUCUAGUUUACUGUAGGUUUUAACAUUGAGGGGAAUUACAGUGCAGGUGUUUAUGUGAAGCAUUCUCUUGUAUGAAGGAUAUAAAUAAGAGCUCUUUUCUCAAGCUAGUUAGUUGGUGUGAUGCUCACAGUAACAGUAAAGACUUUAAAGUGAUGCAUAUUGCUUCAAAGACCUGCAUUUGAAAAAGUUUGUGUAUUGGUAUUUGGUAAGUGGGCCAGGAUGCACAUGUUUACUCAUCCCCCACUGAAUAGCAUGCAAAUGGAACAGGGAUAUGCUGUAGGUUAGCAGCAGUGGGACAAGUUGGUUGCACUGUAGUGUGCAGUGGCAUGCGAUGAGCAUGUAGAAACUCUGUUAAAUGUCCAGUUUAGCAUGGAUUUUUGCAGACUUGGAUCACUUAACCACUUAUGUAGCUAACAGCAGGGUGUAAAUGUAACAAAGAAGUAGCUGAGGUUUUUUUGCCAGCUUCCUGGGUUUGUAUAAUAGCUGCUUUUCAAGACUCUGAAUUUUUUGAUGCAAACCUCUGAAAUCUGGGUAGAUGAAUGGGUGUUCGUCUUGGAGGAGCCCAGAAAUCAGGCUUACAGGACGGGUGUGAUGUGUGUGAGCUGUCCUCACUGAAAUGUAGGCUAGCUUCUCAGCUGACAACUGGCAAAUCCUCUUAACCUGGACCAAGUUGAAGCAUGUGAGAGGAACUACAAAUAUAAAAUUAAAAAUAAAAAAAACCAAAGCAACCACCUGAUGAUAUAUAAACCUGAUGGGAAGUUUCUCAGCAUCAGUCUCCUGGGGUGUAGGUGCUGUGGCCGAAUUAAGUGUAACUACUUUAUCUGUCCUUGCAGCAGAGUUUGUGCAUUAUAUAUCAAUGGAUUGAAUCAGUGAUGCAUUUUUAGAUGUUCAUUCAAAUGGUGUCAUAAAUCUAGUCCUGACAGCUGGUGUUGAGUGCAUCUUCCCAUUUUGUUCCUUCUAUGGAGUGCUCAUUCCUCCUCACCAUCCUCCUGACCUAAGGGUACAGGUGUUGUUCACUUGGAGAAGCCUAAACUGAAUCUGCAAUAUCUAAGUAGGUGCUCUGUACUGAAUGUUUCGAAGUGAAGGAAAGGUAGAGCAGGGCUGGUGCCCUAAAGAGCCAGGGAUGGCAGCGUGGUGUGCUGGGCUGCGCUCAGCAGCCUUCGUGGGCUGACAGCUCACCUGGAUGGGCCCAGCCCUGCUCUGUGACUGCUGCAGGUUGCAGAGGGGAGUGGGGAGCAGUUGUGUUUGUUGUGCUCAGAGUGAUGGAUGCUUCUCAGCUAUUUGUAUGACAUCACUGGACCUGCACGUGUGAUUUUUUUUGUCUCUGUGCUUGCUCUGCCACCCUUCAGACGAAAUAGCUAGUAGACUCAUAGCUUGUGGGUUUUAUCACUGUUGCUAAAAUCAGUCGUGGAGUCCUUGCAUGUGUAAGGAUGGUGUUUUGAAAUAAGAGUCCUCAGUGUUUGCCUUCACAUCACUGUGCAAGUUGUGUUCUCUAUGGGAGUACUUGUUUGUCCGUUAACUUGUUCUGUUGAACACUUCCCCUCUAAAGCCAUAAAAAUGCUAGGAAAAGCUUAUCUUCUGUGUGAUUUGCUAAUGCAUUCUGUAGCAGCUGACAUCUUUAGAGACUGCUUUCUGUAUAAACUAUGCAGCUCUUGAAAUUAGUAUUAAUUUAAAUACAGAGCUUCUUCUUUAUGUAAAUCAGUCGUUUGUUGCUGAGGGCAGUUUGAUGCAGCUGAACAAAGUGAAGCAGUUCAGCUAAAUACUUUCAACUUCUAACUGCAGAGUUUUCAAAUUGAAGUUGAGAUGUGAUCUGCCUUUUGGUUCUGUUUUAUUUAAUAGUAGCUGGCAGUGACUGAAGAGCACCUUGGAUAUGCUGUCAGGCAUGAUGGCUCUCACACAGGGAAGCUGGGAUGUGGAGGUGAUGUGCCCCCCUUGAAGUCACCUGCCCCAGCCAGGAGCAGAGCAGAGUGCUUGGCCAGUGAAAAAGGAGAAGAAAGCAACAUCAGUGUGAAUUUUAGAAAGCAUUUAACACGAAGAUUGAGCAAUUUAAUCACUUACAGAUUUGAAGCAGUCAGUGUCUAAAUUAAAUAUUUGGAGUCUUUAGAGUUUUGCUGCUAAUGCUAGAAAUGAAAACUAGUUCUGUGCUUUUGAACGAAGCAGCUUUCUGUGUCCCCAAAGUGUGUUCUCAAUUUAUUAAUUAGUGUGCUGCUUAUGCAUAUGGCUACAUUGACCUUGUAAAUGUGUGAAAGUAUCUUGAUGUGACCCACGGGGUUUCUUGCUGGGGUGCUGUUUCUUGAGGAAGGCAGCAGUAGGUUAUUUUUUUUUUCUGGAGGUUUUUUGAUUGUGGAGAUGCUUCUUAAUUAGAUACAAAGGUGUAGUCAGAAUCGUUAAGACUCUUAACCCUUCUACUGCUUAUGUAUUUCACUUGCUCCAUUAGGUUUCUCUCAGGUGCAGUGUGAAGGGGUGUAUAGUUGGCUGGAGCCGAAUGUGUUGCUCUUGGGUCCUGUAGCUGUGGUAUGUGAAACGUUAGAGGGUAGAAAAAGUAAAGAUCUCUGAGCUAUGCGAGCAGGCUUAGACUGCCUCAGAAGAGAGAGUAGCUUUGAUAACAGAUGCAUAAAAAAAAACCUGCAAUGUUUUCUUAUCUCUCUUCUGCUCCUUCCCUUUUCCUGAGGUAGUGGUGAUGCAUAGUCCUGGUACGCUCACUUUCUGAAAAAGAGAUGCAGAAGAUGAACUCAAAUAUGAAAGUUUGGGGUUGCAUCACUAGGAGGAAGCCUAGAUGAAUUUCAAAGCCCAGUAGUAGUUUCACAUGACCUUGUUGCAAGACUUUGGAGUUCCAGCUCAGCUGAACAUGUACAAAAUGGGCAGAAUUAGCAGAAGUGGAACAGGUUGCCAUUGGACCAGCCUGCACUGGACACUGUUCUGCUCACCAUCUGCGAACUGCGUUGUUUCAAAAGGGCCGGUUGGAGAGUGCUGGUGGAAGGGACAGCUGUGUUAGGAUUUGGAGAGUUUUGUAGGGAACUCUGCAAACUUCAGCCUCAACUGCUCUGAAGCUCUGACAUGCACCAACUGUUUGGCAAGGGUGAGCUCUGCUCAGGUACCUCCUGUCCAUAAUGAUACGCAAUGCUCAUAAUGACAAGGGCCACAUAUUAAUUCCAUCCCAUGUCUUCCCAGCUGUCACUCACUGCCUCUGGUGACAUGAUUCUCAAGUGCUCUGCCUGCUGUAUGUCCUGCUGCAUCUCAGGGGCAUUGGUUUGUGUUCCAUGGCCCUUUUUUGAGCAGUGUUUCUCCUUAUUCCAGGCUUUGCAGAUUUCUGCCCAAUGCAGUAAUGACCAGAGCCUGUGCAAGGUAAAUGGUAGUUGGCUAACUAACUUUCAUUAAGACAAUUCAAGCAAGUAAAAUCUAUUCAUUUAUUGCAUCUCAGCUGCUCAUAGUGAAACCUUGAGGAGAUGCAUCAAAAUCCAGUGUCAAAAGCUUUUCUGGUAAGGAAAAAACAACUUUGCUACUGUCACCUGCAGCUGGUGCCUGUAAGCUCUAUUCUGGCUGUCUUUCUAUGUGUGUGUGUAAGUUGGCGGGCAGGUUGGAAGCUGCUGAUGUUUUGGAAUUUUCCCUUCCCUGUUAAAUUGAUGGUAGAAAAAAAAAAAAGUAGUUGUGGCUCAAUGAUCACCUCUGAGCAUCCCACUGUCCACCCCUCCUCUGUAUCACUGUGCAUGGGCAGCACGGCCAGGGCAUGCGGUGAUCCAAUGAGCCUGGGAUAGCUGAGCAGCUCUUUGCGUGCCAGUUAAGGCACCUAGCAGUCCUGUGCAGCUCUAAUUUGAGCUAGAUUGUUCCAUGUUCUUCCAUCUCACUGUUUUCAAUCAGGAGGUGAACUGUGCAGACAAGUUUUGCUGUUUGGCUGUAUCACAGGGUACUUUAAGGUGACCGAAGAUCUAUUGUGUAUGCAAGUGGCAAAUGGCAUGUGGUGCUAUCUUUAUUUAAAAGUAUGUUUGUUAAAAAUCAGUUCUUUGCAUGGGUUAUGUUUUGGUGACCAUCUUGGAGCAGAAGUUGCAUCCUGUCUAUGGUCAUUGGGAGCAACUUCAUUUCCACAAGGUACUGAGUAUGCUGUUUUGUUCAAGCAUUUUUGGAGCUAGUGACAUUCUGGGUAGCAUCUGAAAUGAAGAUUUUUGCAGCAUUUAAGUCCUUCCAAAGUAACCUUGAGGGAACCUUGUAAAAGUUGUUCAUGGAAAGCAUCAUACCACCCCUGUGCAGUUAAAACAGCAGGCUCUGCAGGGACUUGUGCAAGAUCUUGAGCCUUGUUGGACACAUUCUGCCCCCAGCAAUGAGAACAUCCUGACUGCAGAGGGCUGGUUGCUCUUCAGCUUUGGGGCACAAACUGAGUUGAACAGAACCCCAAAGAGAUCAAUUUCUGCUCAAGGAUCACCAGCUCUACAUGGGUACAGAUCCAGGAACUGGAAUGAGCACAGUCUUUGUUGGACUGGUUACAACAGACAGCAAAAAUCUCUCUUUGUCUUUACUGCAGAGAGAUGCAGGGCUUUGCACAGACUGUGUGUGCUUCUGGGAGCAAAAAGUUUCAAAGACCCAAACCCAAGUGUCUUGAAGAAAUGUCUGCACAACUAGGAGAGAAUAAAACUCUCUGCUUUCACAAGUAAUUUGUGCAUGGCUUCCACUUACCACAGCUGGCUUCCCUUGCUUUCCCCUCCGUACUUUCAAUUCUCUGCCUUGUUCCAGAUGAAGUUUCCAUUGGGUUAAUAGGUGUGAAGGACUUAUCUCAAUGUUCCCCUGGCAUUUGGCUGGGAGCAGAGCAAGGCAGAGUUAACACCCUCAUCUUUUCCUGUUUCUGGGGGGUCAAAAUGCCACACACUGAGAUAUCCCUAUCCUAGGGGCACCAUAUACAGCAAACACUUCAAAAGCAUCUGAUCCAUUGUGCUGAAAAUGAGAUGUUACAGUCUUAGCAGUUCUGCUUGUGAAGCCACAGAAUGGUACUUGUACUUGUAAAUUUGCCUUUUAUCUUUUAAAAAUUGUAUUCACAGCUGUGUCCUGUCGCUUUGUUAAGCCUUCAAUCACAGACCUGGAUUCAGGAGCUUAGUCCCACUUCUGGGUCUCCGUGCCCAGGGGCUGUAGGGAAAGUCUCUACUUCAGAAAGCCUUUUAUAAAUGCUCCUGUGGAAAUGCAGAUUAAGGGUUAAGGUGAUACCUUGUGCUGCAUAGUAGCUGUCUGUAACUAUAUUCCCUUGAUUGUGCAUUUAGAGUAUGGUCACAGGAAAAGGAGUGAGUGAGCUGGGGAUCCUCUUGCUAGGGCUGCCAUGAAAUUCAGUCACUGCUUACGCGUGACUGCCUGGACUUGGCCUAGAAAUAGGUUUGAGUCUUGCAGUAUGCAUGGCUAUGUUAAGAAUACCAUACAGCUUAACGUGGUAACCAUACUAGGAAAGAGAUAAGAGUCCCUGGUUAUCAGUAGUGCAGAGUGUGAUGUCAUGAAAGUCCUGAAGAGAUACAGAGGAUGCUGUAAUCUGCAGCCAGCAGCGCAGCAUGUGUUAACAGUAGCAUGAUGUCGUCUUCUGAAAGCCUCUGAGACUGUCGCAAAUAGACACUGGCAUGGCCACAGGAGAAAAGGUCCAAGGCACACUGUCUCAGGAUUUGUUGAAGAAGCUGCAAUCUGCUUAUGUGCAUGCAUAUGAAAACCAAGGACUGGUACCAGCAAACCACAGUGCAGUGCUGCAGUGGCAGUGCGCAACUGAGCAGGAAGCACCUGCUCGAGCAGCUGGCACCCGCUGGACAGAGCAAGGAGGUGCAGGGCUGAAUGUGAGCUGAACAAGAAGGCAGAGCAGCUGGCUGGCUAAGGAGUUCUGGGCAGAUGAAGCUGUAGAGCAUCCCUACCCAAGUAGGUGAAGGUACCUUACCGUGGGUGCUGUUGAAGACAUGGUUGUUUGCUUCAGGACCUAACCUAGCUACAUGCACGUUAGGUUUUCUGGUAGAUACUCAUCUGUGAGUGCCUUCUUAGCUGUUUUAAGUAUCACAGUGUCAUCUGCAGUGGUUGGUUGCCUAUGGCAUGUUGCUCUUCUGCUCUUUCUUGCUAUAUAGCAGUACUCUGGGGAGAGAGAGGAAGUGACAAGCAAAGGUCUGCCUUGUGUUAGCACUACCUAUAUUGGUCCUCACUCCAAUUAGUGUGUUGAGUAGCUUGCACAUUGUGAUGUGUACAAUAGUAAGGUUGACCACAUGCAACUUCUGCAAGUUGAGUCUUCCUGUCUUUGCAACUAAACACAAGCUGGCUCAGGGCACUUAUUACACUUAUUACCUGCUGUCUCUCCAAACAGGUUCAUGUUAUUGCCCUUAGUUCCAACUGUUCAUCUACAUCCAUGCUAUUACACAGACUGCAGUGUGACACAGCCAGAUGGGUUCAGACCAGUUGAAGCCUACUCAUCUGGCUCAGGCUUAUAGCAGGGCUCAGGAAGGGUGCUUACAUCAUCAAGGGCUGAUUCUGUGUUUUGGUGACACAGUAUGAGGAAAGAGAAAGGUAAAAUUACAGUCUUGCUGUGUGCUGUCAGGGUGUUCAUGGGAAGUUGGGUAGAUGUUUGGAGGGUGACUUGGAGUGGAAUUUUCAUUUCAAAUUUUCAAGACUUCUGCAAACAAAUAGAAGUGUAAUCCUUCUCUCACGGUAGCGAGCUGUUUUGUGUGGAAUGUAGCUUUCCUAAGGUCACCUUUUGCUUCUUUCCUGCAUUCUGGACCCAGCAAGGAGAAGAGUGUUGCAGUUCUCAAUCAAAACCAAAGUUUUCUGAAAGACAGGAAACAGCAGUCCUGCUAUGGACAGAGCAGACUGAAAAUAGAAUCCAGUUGGUCACCAUACUAGAAUGGUCACCAGUUUUAUGCCACCAUACCGAAGAGUUUUACGUACAUGGCUAUUUCCUGCUCCCUUUCCAAUCUCUCUGCACUGGAGGAAGCUUUGCCCUGUUCCCCAUUUGCCGUUUCUCUAUCCUGCCCUUGGGUAGGAUAUGAAGGGAUGUUCCUGCUUUACAAAGCGAGGAUAAAUGAUGGUUUUCCCUGUUGGGGCUCAGGUUAAGGAACUUGUUCUUGACAACUGUAGGUCAUACGAAGGCAAAAUUGAAGGCCUUACAGAUGAGUUUGAAGAGCUGGAAUUCUUGAGUACAAUCAACGUAGGCUUAGCCUCAGUUGCAAACUUACCAAAGUUAAACAAACUUAAGAAGCUCGAACUAAGUGACAACAGAGUCUCAGGAGGACUGGAAGUGUUGGCAGAAAAGUGUCCAAACCUCACGCAUCUAAAUCUAAGUGGCAACAAAAUAAAAGAUCUUGGUACAAUAGAACCUCUGAAAAAGUUAGAAAACCUGAAGAGUUUAGAUCUUUUCAAUUGCGAGGUAACCAACUUGAAUGAUUAUAGAGAAAACGUAUUCAAGCUCCUCCCACAACUCACAUACCUCGAUGGCUACGAUCGGGAUGACAAAGAAGCACCAGACUCUGAUGCAGAGGGCUACGUGGAGGGCUUAGACGAUGAGGAGGAAGAUGAAGAUGUCUUAUCUCUAGUGAAAGAUCGGGAUGACAAAGAAGCACCGGACUCUGAUGCAGAGGGCUACGUGGAAGGCUUAGACGACGAGGAGGAAGAUGAAGACGAAGAGGAGUAUGACGAUGAUGCUCAGGUAGUAGAAGAUGAAGAGGAUGAGGAGGAGGAAGAGGAAGGAGAAGAGGAGGACGUAAGCGGAGAGGAAGAGGAGGAUGAGGAAGGCUAUAAUGAUGGUGACGUAGAUGAUGAUGAAGAUGAAGAAGAACCCGAUGAAGAACGGGGACAGAAGAGGAAACGAGAACCCGAAGACGAAGGAGAUGAAGAUGACUAAACUGAAUAACCUAUUUUGAAAAUUUCCUAUUGUGAUUUGACUGUUUUUACCCUGUAUUUCCCCUCCCCACACCCCCAACCUUUUUUUUUCUUUUUUUUUUUUUUCCUGAUUGUAAUGUUGCUGUGGGAAUGAGAGGGAGAAGCAGACUGGGUGGGCAAGGGAAUAAAAUACUAUUUUUACUGCCACUCCUCCUCCUAUUCAUUUAAUAUAUUUUAUUUUCUUUUUGUCCCUCUCUUAGUCCCUGUAACUGCAAUAGUAAGUAUAAACCAAGUGGUAAUUUGUUUCUUAUUAUUGGAGUGGAUAGUUGACAUCCCUAAAGAAAAAAAGUUUUAAGAUCAGUGGAUGAUACCCCAAAUACACAUGCUUUGUUCUGAGACAGCUGAAUAUCCCUGGUUGUUGGAGUUUUCCACCUCUGCCAGUCACAAAAUACAUUGUAAGCAUUUUUGGGGGGUGCUCCAAAUCUAGGCAAAGCAUCCCUCUGCAGCAACAGGUGUGAGAAUGGCAUAUUGAUAAAGUGAUUUCUUUGUUGCCUGUCCGUGAAUGACUGCCAUUUUCAGCCAUUGCUUUCCCUGCUUUUGUAGGUACCUUUUCUUUUGCUGUUUGUAAAUAGUGACCAAAUGUUUCUGGGGGGUUUUUUGGGGUGUUCCUUUGGAUCUGGUUUGUGGGGUGAAUUUGCAGUCCCCUUCCUCGCCCUGUGUGUUGUGUUCUUUUUUUCCUUUCUGUUUUUUGGUUGGGUUGUUUUUUUUUUUUUUUUUGGUUUGUUUUUGGCUAGGGUACAGCCAAUACACUGAAAAUGGCAGGCAUUUAAAUAUAUAUAUAUAAAUAUAUAUAAAAAGUGUUCCUAAUUCCUGAGUUACUAGUGAAAUGACUUUGACAAUUGUAAUAAAAAAAAUGUUUCAACCCUUUUAAAUAAGGUGUGUACUAUUUUGGUCUGUAAUAUAUAACACCUAGUCAAUUUUAAGUGAUGAGAAACUACUUCCACUUGUGCUAUAUACUUGGAAAAUUUUUACAAACCUAAAUACAGGAGGCAGUACAGCAUGUAGGGUAGAAAGUUUCUUUUCAUACACUCAAGCACGAGAUACUAAUACGAAAUUGUAUUUUCUUACCUAGUGGAAGUCAGUAAAAUGACUGAAAAUACCUAGUGAAUGUACAGUUUUACUUUCAUAUCCCUCUUUAAAAUAGCUUUAGAAGUGACUUGUAUUUCCUAGUCAAUAUUUCAUCUGUAUAAAUACAUUUGCAACAGGUUUUUUUUUGUUGUUUUUUUUUUUCUCCCCAGAAGAGCCAAACUUUGAGUUUUAUGUCUGUUUGUCAUUGAUGAAUUUCAAUAAAUCUUUUUAUACAA